CCUCCUCUGCUCACACAGCACUUGGGACCCCCAUGUGUGCGUGCUGAAGCUUCUCCGCGAAACAGGAAGCGGCGGAGGCGGAGGGAAGUUUCCGUGGAUUUAGCGGCGCGGGAAGGUUCACGUGUGCGUGUUUUGCGGCGGAGGUGUUCUCUUCUUCUUCGCUCGGUUUUAACGGUACAGCAGGAAAAUUGCUUGGUGCAGCUGCGUCGGGGAGAAGGCUCAGGAGGAGGAGACACUGCGGGACGUGAUGACUGACAAACAAGCGGCGACAGAGGAGAUAGUACCAGAUGCCAUGGCCAAUCCUUCUCCAGCAAAGAGCAUGGGCGACCCAGGAAUCACUCCACUGUCUCCCUCGCACACUCAGCAGAACGACACAGACCAGGUGCAGUCACAGCUGUCCUUUGUGGUGGUGGUUGCCAUUGACUUUGGCACCACAUCCAGCGGUUAUGCUUACGCCUUCACUAAGGAGCCAGAGUGCAUUCACACCAUGAGACGUUGGGAAGGCGGAGACCCUGGUGUGUCCAAUCAGAAGACUCCAACCACAAUCCUGCUGACUCCAGACAGGAAGUUCCACAGUUUUGGCUAUGCUGCUCGGGACUUCUACCAUGACCUGGACCCCAGCGAGUCAAAACACUGGCUUUACCUAGAAAAGUUCAAAAUGAAGCUCCACACCACUGCUAAUCUGUCCAUUGACACAGACCUUCAUGCAGCCAAUGGGAAGCGAGUGAAAGCUCUGGAUAUCUUUGCGUAUGCAUUGGCCUUCUUUAAGGAGCAAGCACUUAAGGAGCUGAGUGACCAGACAGGUGGUGACUUUGACAACAACGAUGUGAGAUGGGUGAUCACGGUUCCUGCCAUUUGGAAAAUGCCUGCAAAGCAGUUCAUGAGGGAAGCUGCCUAUAAGUCUGGUCUGGUGUGCCGUGAAAACCCAGAGCAGCUGAUCAUCUCCUUAGAACCCGAGGCAGCAUCAAUCUACUGCCGCAAGCUCCGCCUCCACCAGAUGGUGGACCUGGCCACCCAGACCACCCAGAACGGCUUCAGCCCCACUGACAACGCAGGGAGUGCAGCGAACCAAGUGUCUUCAGAUCAUGCCAAGGAGCAUGUUCGGCGCAACCGGCAGAGCCGCACCUUUUUGGUGGAAAAUGUCAUAGGGGAGCUUUGGUCGGAGCUGGAAGAAGGGGAUCGUUAUGUAGUGGUGGACUGUGGUGGAGGAACAGUGGACCUGACUGUUCAUCAGAUCCGUCUUCCAGAGGGACAUCUGAAGGAGCUCUACAAGGCCUCAGGUGGUCCCUACGGCUCUAUUGGUAUUGACUAUGAAUUUGAGAAGCUGCUGUGUAAGAUCUUCGGUCAGGAUUUCAUCGACCAAUUUAAGAUCAAGAGGCCGGCCGCCUGGGUGGACCUGAUGAUUGCAUUCGAGUCUCGGAAGAGAGCAGCAGCCCCUGAACGUACCAACCCCCUCAAUAUUAACCUGCCUUUCUCCUUCAUCGACUACUACAAGAAGUUCAGGGGCCACAGUGUGGAACAUGCCCUGCGCAAGAGCAAUGUGGAUUUUGUUAAAUGGUCGUCUCAAGGGAUGCUGAGGAUGAGUCCAGACGCUAUGAAUUCCCUCUUCAAACCCACCAUAGAUCACAUCAUCCAGCACCUCACCGAGCUCUUUGACAAGCCAGAGGUGAGCGACAUUAAGUUCCUAUUCCUAGUGGGAGGUUUUGCUGAGUCGCCCUUGCUACAGCAAGCCGUCCAGAACAUGCUCCAGGGCCGCAGCCGCAUCAUCAUCCCCCAUGACGUCGGCCUCACCAUUCUGAAAGGUGCCGUGCUGUUCGGCCUGGACCCCAGCAUCAUCAAAGUCCGCCGCUCGCCCCUCACAUACGGCGUGGGCGUCCUCAACCGCUUCGUUGAGGGCAAACACCCGCCAGAGAAGCUGCUGGUGAAGGACGGCACCCGAUGGUGCACUGACGUUUUCGACACCUUCAUCGCCGCAGACCAGUCCGUGGCGCUGGGUGAGAUGGUGAAACGGAGCUACACGCCGGCCAAACCUUCCCAGCAGGUUAUCGUCAUCCACGUCUAUUGCUCAGAGAAGGAGAGGGUGGGGUUCAUCAGCGAGCCCGGUGUCAGGAAGUGCGGAACACUUCGUUUGGAUGUGAGUGGAACGGAAAGCACAGCGCCGCGCCGUGAGAUCCAGACGCUCAUGCAGUUUGGUGACACAGAGAUUCGGGCCAUGGCAGUGGAUGUGUCCACUGGACGCACUGUCAAAGCUAGCAUUGACUUCCUCAGCCACUAAGUAGACCAUGAGAGCUAAUGCAACAGAAUUAUUGGAAGUAUACGAAAUGGAAAAUACAGCUUACUCACAUACACACAUAGACACACACACACAUACAUAUUCACAUACAGAGCCAACAAGCUGGGGAUAUUUACUUGAAAGUGUUUAAGGAUAUUCAAUCUCAGUUUAAGCAGCAGAAUUUGAAUGAAAAUUCGAAAACUUAAACGCAGGAUGACAUUCAACUGUAGAAUCUGAAAAGAAAAUGUGUCUUUUAAGGUCCGUCCAUUCACGUCCGUCCCCGUAGUCAAUUUGUUGACAAGCUCCACAGUGUUCACACACUCAUAGCAAACCCAUAUACCCCCAUGUGAUACAGCUGCAUCUGCAUAGGGUCAGAUUUAAGAGCUUGUUAUCAACACAAUUCAUAUAAGAUAAUAAUCCAACACAACCAUGGUGGAAACAUUCAGAACACGUCUUUGCAUGCUUCACUUUCUUUUUUGCCGCAGCAGGUCAUUGCAUUUCAGUCAUGAUACUGAUUUCCACUCUACUUCACAGCAGUUCUAAGGGCCAUUCCAGUGGUUUUGCAUUAUUCAGCACUUUAAACGUUCUGUAAACCGUCACACAGCUGCACAAAGCAUAUCAAUAGCCAACCUCUGAACAGGGCCUCAGUUACCUUAGGUGCCAUUGCAAAGGUUAACUGUGGGUGUCAUGUUAUCACCUACUAGAGAUGAAAUGGUUCACGUGUUAGCAAACACCCCACUAUUCACAUGUGGAGACCUGUUUGGAGCUUCCUCUCCUUCAAACUCUGUUUUCAUCUCCACCAACUCCUGAGCAAAUACCUGGCUCUUCAGCUUCCACAUGUUCCACUCUGUCCACCAGCUGCCUGUUUGCUGCUGGACUGGGGGGUACUCAGCAGACUGAUGAGGACAGUGAGACUGAAACAACCUGUAAAAUUGUGAAACCAAAACUGCUUCAAGUUGCUCAAAUCACUAAAGCUAUCUAGUUUACAUACAGGUAGUAUUUGAUUUUACUCCGGUUAUAGCUGUUAAAUACACAACAGCUCAAGACAGAAAUCCGCCUGGGAUUUUAAGAUGCCACAUUUAUGGAUUCAAAUUCGUAUUACCUUGACUCAGAGCUCUGAACAUAUCACUGAGUACCAUAAAGGUACAGCAUUUAAAAAACAAACCGACCAGUAAAUCUACUUUUCAAUCAGUAAACAAUGAAUGCAAAGCCACCAGUCUGGUUCUUAAGGAACGUGCUGUGAGCUCAGUCUGAAAAUCAAGUGCGGCCAUCAGAUGUGCUUAAUUGUUGCCUUUAUUUCAUUAUGCUUCUAUUAGACGUGGACUAAACGCCACUCGCUCACCUCAAUAUGUUGAAGCCAGAUGUGACUCCAGUCGAGACAAUGAAGUGUGUUUAUUUCUGUAAAUACAGUAUUUAAAUAUUGUACAGAUUUAUAGCCUUGUUUCCGCAGCUUUAGAGCCAAGAGCCUGUGUGUGUGAGGGGGGGGGGUGCUUUCUCAUGAACAUCUCAACAUUUUUUUCCACACCAGCCAUAGCAUGAGAGGCCAAGGCAGGUUUGAUUGCCUUGUUCAGUCAGAAUGAGAGAUUUAAUGUGUUGCCUGUUUUAUUUUUAUUUUUUUUUUGCAAACAUGAAGAAACUUGAAUACCUCCGUCCUUAAAAAAGCAUUUGAGUGAACAAGUCUGCUGUUAGUUUUGAAAUGAGCAGGAUCUGAAUGUGUCCAGUCCCCCUUCCCAUCCACCCUGCAGCACAGCUUCUGUAGGGAUUUCAUCGUGAUUCAUAACAAAUUCAGCAUCUUAUUAUUUCCAGGAAAUAAUAACUAGACCCAUCAAAUAUAUUAAACAUGGUUGUUUGUGUUUUACAGCUGAGGAAUAGUCAGCAAUAAUUAUACGAGCAAAAAGCCACAGUUCCACGUGGCUAUGGAAGGUUUAAGUCUCAAGUCUUAAUUAAAAGAGUGCCUAGAGUGAAGAAAUUGUGAUGUCGAGAGUCACUCAUCCAAUCAGAACAUGCGGCGCAUUCCUUGGCCCUCUUGAAGAUAUCCUGAAGCUUUAUAUACGUGUGAGCUCAGACGUAAUCACUGAGAAUCACACUGUGAGUUCAUUAGCAUGCAAACAACACGCUCAUCUCACGUCCACGUGAAAAAAACUUGCGUAGGUUGAGUUAAAGGGGCAUUACUGUGAGUUCUCUCUGAUCUUCACUGACACCUGCUGGCUGCCAGGAGAAGCAACACUGGUGAAAGUUGUUCAAGCUCAAGUCUUAAAGACUGGAAGGUGCGACAACUAGCAUGGAAGCUUCCUCCGUUGUGACUCUACAGGGGGGCUUUAGUCUUUAAAGGUCAAAACUGACUAAAUGGUUUGUGAAAACUCACGUGUGAAGGUCUCAGAAUGAUUCAGAGUAACCUCAGCAAGUUACUGCCUCCUCAGACUCGUAGCUUUAUUGCAAUAAUUAGUACUUUCAGGUGGAGUGUCCUUUCUCACCGGCUUUCUUUCCUGGUGUGACCAAAGUAGAUGUGACGCACCGGUUGCCAGUGUAAAGUGGGUUUGAUUGGCAACAUGUCCAUAUGUACAUUGCCUCCAUAACUCAGUAAAGAAUUUGCACUGGUUGCAUUUAAAUAGACAGAUUUCCUUCUGAAAUGUUGCUGUCAUAGACGCUGCUGUGGCCGAGGACCUCGGACAGAAAGCUCCAUUUGCUUUUCCUUCCUGGUUCAGCAGAUCCAGAUGAUGAGCAUGACCGUGUGUCACCACAGCCCAACACAAAUCAGUGGUGGAUAUGGUGUCACACAGUCUCUUAGCCAGUGAAAUGAUGAGUCAGAGCUUGACAUGAAACAUAACGAGGCAACACAUCACCGUGAUGAAUACUCAAAGAACAAUAAACCAAGUAAUCACUGAGUCGUUGGUAUUGAUCAACAACCCCCACAGAUAUAUUAGUAAUUAUACGCUGUAGUGUAUUUCAUUAUAACCACUUUAAAAGCAAUUUCCUUUGGUUCUUUAUUUAAACUGUGAAUGGAAACUUGUCUCGCUCAGUGUCUGUGCACAAAUAUGCACAUGCUUCAGUGCUCUUUGCUCCGACCGGCACUCUGUCUGCAAUGCACGUUUUGCAUGUGUCACACGGGAAUGACUACAUAACAAGUUGCUUUUACUAGUACACAAAGUCAGGUUCACCACUGAAGAAGAAGAUGGUGGUGAAGAUGGAGAUGGUGGUGUUUUCUGGAAGAAACCGCGGCCUUGGUUGUGUGUAAACCCUGCUGCUUUCUGAGCUGAUGUAGAUCAUGUUAACGAUGGCAGCUCCUAACACUCAUAGCAGGGCGGCACUUCACAUACUGUACUGAUGAUAACUAACCUUAUAACCUUCUACACUUCACUGCUCUGACUAAUGAUGGAUAUCAGUGGAAGGCUUUAAUAACACCACGGCCUGUUGUGUCCUUGAUUACAUGAUUACAUUAUUGUAUUUCGUGCAGCCUUGAGUAUUAUACGAUGCACAGGACACUGUUUUGUAGCAGCUUUAUACGUAAAGCUAUGAGACAAAUUAUAUGAAGACUUGUUUAGCUGGUAUUUGCUUUCUGUUGGUGGCACACAAGGCAGCAGAUGCCUGAGGUGGAGUAUCACAGUGGGUGUGAUUGGAGGUAGCAGCUUGCAUCAUGUAGAAGUGUCUGCUUAACACUAUCUAGACAAAAAUAAUAGAAAAUAUAGGAGGAAAAAAAAUGCAUUUAAACUGAUUGAGCUUGUAGUUAGGAUCCUCUCAGCCACUGUGGAACUUAACACAAUGUACACUUUGUUCUUUUAGUCCUUUAUUGAUGAUGCAAAGGAGUUUUUAUUUUAUUUUUUAUCUUCAGUUACUUAAAUGUCUUGUUCUCUUGCAAUCUCCACACAGUAAUGGAUGUUUUUUUUCUUGAUCAAUGCCAGGUAUUCACUGUCAGACUGUCACCAAUAAAAUGUAUGUGUAUUUCAAACAACAA